AUGUCUACGAUCACAGCAGCCGAACUUGAGGCGAUUCUCAAGCGCCAAGAGACCAGUUUCAAGGAGAUGCUGCAAACGGUACUCCAAAAUCAACCCAAAACCAGUGCAUCCGGGAAUACAUUACCAUCAGGUGUAUUCAUUACCAGCUUUGAGAAUUUCAACGAAAAAUCUGAAUCAUUCACCCACUACAAACAGCGAUUCGAAAAUUAUGCAACCAGAAAGGGUUUGAAAAUCAAAGAAGAUGAUAGCGAUUUCGCGAAGCUACUACUCGAUUCGAUUGGCGCGAAGUAUUUUACGAUGAUAGCUUCCCUCGCAUCUCCAAAAGCUGUCGAAUCUCUCAAGUAUACAGAAUUAAUCGAGUUACUUGAUGACUAUCUAGCACCAGCUCGUAAUGUUCUCGUGGCUCAACACCAGUUUCUUUCAAAAUAUCAAAACGAAAACCAGUCAAUUAGCGAAUACGUCGCUUCGUUACGCAGUGAGCUACAUGAUUGCAAAUUUACGUCACCUUGUGAUUGUAAAGUUUCGAUUUCGGAUAUUUUUCUUCGAGCUCAAUUCAUCCGAGGACUGCGUGAUAAUUAUAUUCGAGAACAAUUACUCCAGUCAUCAGACGAAGCAUUCGAUUCGAUUAUCAAAAAAGCGAUCGCCUUAGAAGCAUCUAAGAAUGAUUCGAAACAAAUUUCAACGAAUGGCCCAGCUCCGAAACCAGAGAAUGUAAAUAAACUCCAGUCAAAUCAACAUCGUUCCAGAUCGAAAUCGAGAUAUAAUCAAACCAAUCGUCAGCAACAAAGUGGCAAGCCGAAUAACGAUUAUAAAGACCAGAAAUCAAGUCAUCGUACCCCUUCAAAAACGAGAAUUCGAAUCAACUACAAAGAGCUAGGUAUUGAUGGCUUGUGUUUACGUUGCGGACGAAAUAAUCACGCUGUUCGUGAUUGUACUGUGGAGCAGGCUAAAUUGAAAUGCGAUCUAUGUAAUAAAACCGGUCACGUGAGUAAAGUAUGCAUCACAUCGUUACUCAGAAAACAUCGUUCGAAUAAUCAUACCAGUGUUAAAAAUAUCCAGAGUCAGUUCGAAUUCGAUUCUCAUACUUACCAUAUCGAAGAAGUCUACAAAUGCAGAGACGGAGGUGAAGAUGAUCGUUACUUCAUCUACGUCAAUAUCGAAAAUAAUCCAGUGAUGAUCGAAGUAGACUCAGGUUGCAGAUACACGUUGAUACCACGUCAGCUGUAUAAUGAACUGAAUAUUAAUCGAGAUCUAGAGCCUACUACUGUGACGCUUCGAGCCUACACCAGUGAUGUGUUCAAACCAGAUGGAAAAGUCACAGUUUCUGCAUCUUACAAUGGAAAUACGAUGCAAGAAGAUAUCUACAUUGUACCAGACCAGUAUGCACCUGUGUUAGGCCGAAAUUGGAUCCGAGGUCUAAAAAUCAAGCUUGAAGAAAUCGAUGAGAAAAAUUCUCUUGAUAUUACUCCUGAUUCGAUCAAUAACGUCAGUUCGAACGAUAUCGUUGACCAAUUCAAAGACCUGUUCGAAAGUAAAGUUGGUUGCGUUCCAGACUAUAAAGUGCACCACCAGCUCCGAGAAGGUGCCAAACCAGUGUACCAUAAAGAACGUCCGUUACCCUAUGCCUUAUCAGAACUCGUUGAAAAGGAACUCAAUGAUCUAGAAGCAGCCGGUAUUAUCACGAAAACGGAAACGAGUGAUUGGGGUUCUCCGCUAGUAGUUAUCUUAAAAGCGGAUGGAAGCGUUCGACUAUGUGUGGACUACAAAAUCAGUGUAAAUAAAGUUCUGAAAGACGCACAUUUUCCUAUCAACAAGAUCGACGAAACUCUACACAAGCUGCGCAAUGCGAAGUAUUUCUGUCGGCUAGACCUAUUCAAGGCUUAUCUACAUCUUAUGGUAGAUGACGAAUCGAGUGAAAUUCAAACGAUAACAACGCCAUUUGGCACAUUCAAGGUAAAUCGACUAUCGUUUGGUAUCAAGACAGCUCCGGCCGAAUUCAAUCGGUUCCUUCAUCGAAUUUUAAAGAAACUUCGUAAUGUCAUCUGGUAUUUCGAUGACAUCGUUGUGUACGGAGCUACGUUGGAAGAAUGUCGUGCAGCACUUAUCGAAGUUCUGAAAGAACUUCAAAAAUUCAACCUGCAUCUAAACGCCAGCAAAUGCGUAUUUUUCGCCGAAAGUAUCGAGUAUUUGGGACACAUCGUCGAAUUCAACAAAAUCAAGAAAUCGCCUUCGAAAGUUACAGCGAUUACGCAGAUGCCAAUCCCAAAUGGCGAAGAAGAAGUCCGUAGAUUCGUUGGUAUGGUGACACAUUAUUCGAGAUUCAUUCCCAACCAUUCUACGUUGACAGCACCGUUACGUAAAUUGCUCAACGAAAAGACACCUUUCGUUUGGGAUAAUGAUGCUCAAAUUGCGUUCGAAUGUCUAAAGCAAGAAAUUGCCAGUGAUCGAGUACUUACACCGUUCGAUCCUACCUUACCAGUCCGACUCGCUUGUGACGCAAGUCCAGUUGGAAUAGCCGGAAUUUUAUCACACAUCAUCGAUGGUAAAGAGCACCCAAUUGCGUACGGUUCCAGAGCAUUAACCAGUGCUGAGAAAAACUACUCUCAGCUAGAUCGAGAAGCUCUCGCGAUUGUCUUCGCGGUAAAGCACUUUUUCCAGUACCUCUUUGGACGAAAAUUCCAGCUCAUCAGUGACAAUCGUCCACUUACUCGAAUUUUUCAUCAAGAUGCUUCCCUACCAGAAAUGACGUCAGCUCGAUUACAAAGGUAUGCUGCGUUCCUAUCAAGCUUCAAUUAUGAAAUCAUCCAUAAGAAGGGAGAUGAAAAUGUUCACGUCGAUUGUUUAUCUCGCGCUCCAGUUCCUAUUGCGUCAAAUUAUAUACCUGAUUCGAUUGGCGAAGAAGUUCAUCAAAUUCUACUCACCACCAUACAUCAAAUAUCUUCGAAUACCCUUACGUACGAUGGAAUCAAAAGCGAAUCUGCAAGCGAUAACGAAAUCCAACAAAUCAUUCGAAAUCUACAAUCAACUAGCGAUGCAGACAGCUUAUUCACGAUCGACGACGGUGUAGCUUACAGAGGUCACCGAAUUGUAAUUCCAGAAUCCCUUCGACAAAUCGCUCUCAACGAACUCCAUCAUACGCACAUCGGAGUAACAAAAAUGAAACAGUUAGCUCGAAAAUAUCUAUACUGGAAAAACAUCGAUAAAGACAUCGAGCGUAUGGUGAGAGAUUGUGAAAAAUGUGCCGCAGCUCAGAAAAGUCCUGCAAAAGCUCCAUUACAUCCUUGGGACGAGCCUAGCAGCAAUUGGCAGCGCAUUCAUAUUGAUUAUGCCGGUCCUUUUCAAGGGUAUCAUUUUCUAGUCGUUGUCGAUGCGAAAUCAAAAUGGAUGGAGGUUGGCUGUCAAAGAAAUGCACCCUCUUCCGAAUCAACCAUCGAAAUGCUGAAUCAAAUUUUUGCUCGAACUGGUUUUCCAGAAAUAAUCGUUUCAGACAACGCUACUAUCUUCACCAGCGAAACCUUUUCGAAUUAUUGUAAAAAUCGAAGUAUCUCUCAGAAAUUCAUCGCUCCGGGUCAUCCUGCUACCAAUGGGCUAGCAGAAAGAAACAUUCAAACUCUGAAGAAACGAUUAUCUUCAGCAGACGACAUGCAGCCGAUGAACGAGAAAUUACAACAAAUUCUAAUGCGAUAUCGAGCAACGCCAUUGAAAAAUGGAAAAUCUCCAGCUGAGUUAUACCUGAAUCGAAAAUUACGCAUUCAAUUAGACGCGAUUUUUCCAGUAAAACCAGAACCAGUUAUCAAAUCGAAUUUCAAAGGAACGCGUCAUUUUCAACCUGGAGAUCGUGUUCAAGCACGAUAUUAUUCGAAUAAUAAACCUCAAUGGCGUCCGGGAGAGAUUGUCCAGAAAAUGGGAAAUCUCCAUUAUCUAGUCGAGUUCGAUACCGGUUAUAAAAUCAAACGACAUAUCAAUCAGCUCCGACAAGGUUCGCGGAAAGUGGCAUUUGCGGAUGAAUCAGUACCUGAAGUAGUUGAACCUCAUCGAACGCGGAAACCGCCGUUGACUCCGUUACGAGGAAUUCUAUCUUCGAAUACGUCAGAUACAGAUGCUGUACCAGCACAAUCGAGUCAAAAUCAACAAGGAAGACGUCCGCCUCCAGUUAUGCGUCAACUAUCUUCAAGGGAACGUAAAAGGCCGAGAUAUCUGGACGAUUACGUUCAAUAA